AUGAGCGAAGGCAUGUGGGGGAAGGCCUGCGUUCAAUGCCGAAGAAUGAAACGGAAAUGCGAUGGCAAGAUGCCAUGCAGUCUCUGCAUCUCCAAGGGGCAGGGAGAACUUUGUACACGGAAGGAGCCAAAGCCUUCAUGUGCAACUUGCAAGCGACGAAAAGUCAAGUGCGACAAGAAGCGACCAUGCUCGACGUGUAUCUCGUUGGGAAAACAGGACGAAUGCGUAGACGAGAAUGAAGAGAGGGAGAGAGUGCAGGAAACAGCUGGUGUGCUUGAAGGUGAUGUUUCAGAGAAUGUUCCAAGUCAACACCUCAACGUCGAGACUCCGAAAUCGCAUCAAAGGGCCGUGGAAGAGUUUUACGACAACGUUCAAGAUUUCUCCCCUCCUCCUGAAUCAGCUUUUGAUCUUGUUAGCUAUCAACUUGGAGGGGGUUUCGAUACGUCGAGCUGGGAGAAGGAUGAUGAAAGAAAUCAGACAGUCGAUGAAAUCAAAGAGUUUUACUUCCGUCAACUGGACAACUGGGAUGAAUAUGAAGCGCAGUCGACUGAUCAUGUUUGGAGGCCCUUGCAGACAGCCAUGCACUUGUUUCUAUGGGACCGCGCCACAAACUUUGGUCGAGACAUUCACCGCAUUCAACUCUCUCCUCUCAUCUUGAAAGCAAUCUGGCAAGCUGGAUACAGCUCGCAUAUGGGUAAGUUUGGAGAAUUCUCAGCGAUGAUGAGAUCAGAGUUGCAAGAGGCUGGGCCCUUUGACAUCGAAAAUCUGAAGGACACUAUGCCGCUAGACUCAAAUUCGGGGUACUGGAUUAUGGAUGUUGACCCUUUAACGAUGUCUCGAACGAAAUUAGAGAUCAGCUCAGGCAUCGCAAACUUCAUGAACAUGCACCCGGACGAGAUGCUCGCGCGCCUAGGCAACUGCGACAACGCACUUCCGCACUCCGAGCUCGAGUUUUUCGGCAGCAUGACAUGUCCUGGUCGAAAGUCGUUCGCGGAGGGGAAGUCCUCCGCAGGGAUCCCGAAGAGCGGAAAGCUGAUAGAUCCUCUUCUUGUUCGACUCACAUCGAUCAAACAAAGAGACUCCCUCGGAAGGGUUAUCAAAGUCAUGAACAUUCUGCACCGGCUGACGCCCUCCGAAUACGAUCAAUCGCUCUUGAGCGAGCCCAGGACAUGCCGACCUCUGAUGGCGCGUGUGGGAGAUCAAAGAGACGGGGAGGAGCUCCUCCACUCGGCCAACUACGACUCUCUCUUCUCACAGACGUUCCGGACCAUGAAGGAGAAUGUGGAGGGGCAGCGGUCGCUGAUGCGGCUGGAGCACGAGGUAGACGAUCUCUUCCGCCCCUUCGUCGAGUUUGCAGCGGCCAGGAUGUUGCGAGAGCUGCGCCGAAUGCACGCGAACUUCUUGGCUGCGGCAGCGGUCAACGGAUGGGCCCUCGUUUAG